AUGCCUGCAGAAAAAGUUGAAGCAUACAGAACCUUCAUGAAUCAUGUUAACACUUUACAAGUUAAUGUGCCAUUUGUGGAAACAAUACUUCAAACGCCUAAAUACUUCAACUUGCUUAAGGGCCUUUUUGCUGCUAGGAAGGAUUUGGCUGAAGUUACAGAAGUCUUGAUGAGUGAACUGCCUAAAAAGAAGGGUGAUCCAGGAAAUAUUGUGCUUCCGUGCCAAUUUGGUAAUAAAGUCUUCACACGAGCAUUAGCUGACUCAGGGGCAAGCAUCAAUAUGAUGCCUUUGUCAUUCUAUAAGAAGUUGAAUCUACCAGAACCAAAACCGGUGAAUAUGAAGAUCCAUUUGGCGGACAAGACAACAAUCCAUCCAAAAGGCGUUUGUGAAGAUCUCCUUAUAAAAGUUGACAAAGUGGGUGAUGAGGCUGUGACGUUUAAAGCUAUUCUAGAAAUCAAGCAAGAAGAGGAAAAGAUUGAUGAAGUCUCAAUGAUCCAAUUGGAUGAUGAGAUAUUAGAACAAGAGCUUGCACGUUUGAUGAAAGAAGACCCAAGCAAGUUUGUGAUACACUCUGAAGAAGAAGGAGAUGUUAACAUGGACUUGGAUGAAUUAGAAAAGCUACUGGAAGGAGCCCACUCAGAAAAAACCCAAGAUUUUAUGGAAUUCGAUUCUUUAGAAGAACAAACAGCAGAAAGAGGAAAGGAAAGGAGAGUCCAAUACGCCGAUGUAGCAUGUCUUCAUACGGUUCAUCUUGAAGAUGGGUUAAGCACUGGAACGAACGAAGAGAUAAAGGAAAGGAGGGAGGAAGUUGAUCACCUAUUCACCACUAAACCUAGAGCACGGACCAUUAUGAAAUAUGAAGUUAUUAAAUUUAAAGAGAAGGAGAAAUAA